GUCGAGGGGAUCGACGACUCGCCCGUGGGACCCGCCGCCCUCGUCCCCUCUCUUCUUCUCGUUCCCUGCCCCCCUUUCUCUUCUGUCCUCUCGCGUCGCGGAAUCGAAGAAGCAAGCGGCGGAGCAGAGCCGAGCCCUCGAAUCCAGCCGUUUCGCAUCGCAUCGUAUCGCCCUGUCCCGUCCUGGACUCGAUUCGAGGUAGUUUUUGGGAGGGAAGGUCAUCGGAUCAAGUCUCUUGGUCACCAUGGUACCCAGAGAUAGGGCGCAUGGCGCCGGCGCGGCCUCGACGGAGAACCUCGUUCAAGGGCCUAUCUUGAACAACAAGUGUGAAAAGAAGGCUCCAAAGAAAGUGCAUAAAUCUGAGAGGGAGAAACGAAAGCGGGAUAAACAGAAUGAUCUCUUUGGUGAGCUUGGAAACAUGCUAGAGCCUGAUAGACAGAACAACGGGAAGGCAUGCAUAUUGAGUGACACUACACGGAUGCUUAAAGAUCUACUUUCACAAGUAGAAUCUCUUCGACAAGAGAAUGGUGCACUGAAGAAUGAAUCUCGUUAUGUUGCAUUGGAGAGAAAUGAACUACUGGAUGAAAACAACAUGAUCCGCAAUGAGAUCUCGGAACUGCAAAAUGAGCUGAGGAUGCGGGUGGAAGGCAACCCUAUUUGGAGUCAUGAUGUGACUAGAUCAAACCUUACAGCACCUCAUCCUGCAACUGCAGUUUUUGCACUGCAGCAUUCACCGCAGCAACCAGUCAUUGCAACGAUGGCACCCCCUCUGCAACAGCUAGCAGUCCUUGAGCAAUCUUAUACUGCCCCACGGCGCGAGCUACAGCUCUUCCCUGAAGCUGCAUCCGCUGAAGAUACCGAACCACCACAAGACCAGGGGAUCUCUAAUCAUGUGACGCGGCCGCAGGCAAGGUACCCAACAACAAUGGCCACUUUGCCUGCACAUGCAUAUCCAAUCCUUCCAAGAAUGGAAGAUGAGCAAUGUAGCAGUGACACUACUGGUAGUGGAGAUGAAGGUGGCGUAGGCAACCAUUAACAGCUCAAAUACAGAAUGAAACAUGUGGUCACAACCCGAAAAGUUUCUUAGUUGUAUCUUGCUAGUGUAGCUAGUGUGCUAAAGAAACCUGUGCGUCUGUGUGCCUGCGCGUGUAAAUAUCAUUCCACUCUGUAUCAGCUGAACUUAAUCUUCAACUAGUUACUUUGAUGGGAGAGCAACUGAUCUUUUUUA